AUGUCCGCCCUGCCCCGGGCCGGGCCCGCGCACAGCGCCCGGAGCGCCGGGAGGGCGGGAGCGAGCGCGGGAGCGAGAGGGCAGGGCCGAGGCGCGGAGGCCGGCGCAGAAAGAAGCCCGCACGUCCAGGGCCGCCGCCCGGCGCCCCUGGGGGCGGUCGGCGUCCGCCGCGCUCUUCUAGGGGGUGACGAGCGAGAUCGACGGCCUGUCUGGGUACUCGGGAGACGAGGAGAGACGGUGAGGAAGGAGGUCCCGGCUCCCGCGGGCGCCGAUCGUUGGCUCCGGCGGGAGGGGCGGCUCAGGUGGCUGCGCGGCUGCCGCUGCUUUCGGUUCUGGUGCGCCGCGACGGGCCGCUGCCGCUCUCUGCCGCCGCCGCUGCGCUCUGCGCCCGGGCCCUCGGCACCGCCUCCUCCCGGGCGGCCGCCGCUACCGCCGCCAUCCUCCUGCUCCCACGGCGGCUCACGGGGCGCGCCCCCUCUCCACCGCGGGGCCUGCUCUGAUUGGAGGGACGGAGCUCCUCCGGGCGCCAACCAGAAGACGGCCCCUCCUCCUGCACGUGGCCCUCGGACGCUGGACCUGAAGGUUCUUCUCUUAUUCUCUGAUUGUGAUAUGUGACAAAAAGUGGAUUUUAUAUGAGAACCAGCAAUGACCAGUUCAGUGGUUGGACCGAGAAGAAGCUUCAAAGCACUUCCCAAAGCCAAACUUGCACCCAAGAAAGGUUAUGGCCACAGAUUGGUGGUCUGUUGCCAGUCUGAUCCACUACAGCUUUGUGAAUCCCAGCAAAACCAACACAUCUGGGAAGUAUGCUCAGCAAAUCAAUGAGAUGGACCAAAAGCUACAACACCUGCAGCUGGCAUUGAUCAACAGAACCGGCCCAGUUCUCCUCCAUGACAACACCUGACUGCACAUCACACAACCAACACUUCAAAAGCUGAACGAAUGGGCUAUGAAGUUUUAUAUCAUCCACCAUAUUCACCUGACCUCUCAUCAACUAUCACUUCUUCAAGCGUCUUGACAACUUUUUGCAGGGAAAAUGCUUCCAGAGCCAGCAGAAGGCAGGAAAUGCUUUGCAAGAGUUCAUCAAAUCCCUAAGUAUGGAUUUGAUACUACAGGGAUAAACAAACUUAUUUCUUGUUGGCAAAAAUGUGUUGAUUGUAAUGGUUCUUAUUUUAAUCAAUAAAGAUGGGCUUGAGCCCAGUUAUGGUGAUUUAAAAUUCACGGUCUGAAACCGCAAUUAUAUUUGCAUCAACCUAAUAAAAUUCUUCUCACUCCA